AUGGUUGUAAGCGUUGUAUUGCUAAGGGAGGAAAAUUCAAUCCAGCAACCCAUAUUUGAUGUGAGCAAAAGCUUAAUUGAGGCCGAGAAGAGAUAUCCACUAGCUGAGAAACUCGUGCUAGCUUUAGUGACGGCCAAGCAAAAGCUUCGACAAUACUUCGAGGCACACACAAUCAUCGUAUUAACGACCUAA